AUUACUACAUGGUUUGGGUUCAGGAAUAGUAUUUGCAAUUUGAUUGGUUGCACUUUCUGAUAAUAAAUAGAAUUAAUAAAAUGUAUGGAACUGCCUAUACAUCAACAAUGUCUUCUUAUUAAUAUUUCCAAUAGAUUCUGCUUUCUUUUAUGAAUAGGCAUAUUUAUAAUGCAUCCAUAUAAUUAACAAGUUACUAAAAUUAACCACUUCACUUCACUUCACUUCAUAAGUUUCCCUCUAUUGAAGGUGGCGUAAUCUACGGACUUGGAUCUGUCCCUUUUUGCCCAACGAAAAAAGUUAUCGGCCACGCGCAUUAUCGCGCCAUUUUCAAUUACAUUAUUUAAGCCAUAUACUUCUGUACUUUUAAUUCCACUCAUACUUGUCCGUACUUUUAAAUCUCACACUCUUUCUGUACUUUUAAGUCCACUCAUCUUACUCGUUCCUUUACAUCCCCCUUUUAGUCGCCUCUUACGACAGGCAGGGGAUACCGUGGCCGUAUUCUAAGCCCCCCGAGCCACAGGGGAUUAAAAUUAACCAAAAUCUACCAAUAGUAGAGGAUGGCAUAACUGCCUGUUAAUUAUUGUUUUUGAGAAGAUACAACCAUAUAAUUCAAAAGUAUAUAGUGCUUCAAAGUUUACAAAUAAAAUAUAUAAAAUACUGAAGAAGAAAUAAGCUCUUUUAAGAUGAAUCGUAAAGAAGCAUUAACUCAAUUUAUUCAACAAAUUCAUGGACGUCCUGUUGUUGUAAAGCUAAAUAGUGGUGUAGAUUACCGAGGUGUUUUAGCUUGUCUUGAUGGCUACAUGAAUAUAGCACUUGAACAAACAGAAGAAUAUGUAAAUGGUCAAUUAAAAGAUAAAUAUGGCGAUGCUUUUAUACGCGGCAAUAAUGUAUUAUAUAUUAGUACACAAAAACGUAGAACUUAAAAUAAAUACAUAAUUUGUA